AUGGCUCACCAGAUUGCCGCCAGGGUUCAGAACAGAACUGACAAAGAACCAAUGAGGGUGGGAAGGACGGUGACGAGAGAGCACCUACCCACAGGCCUCGACCACAGAAAAUGCGUCAAGGCUUUCUUCAACUACAUCCACGAGGCAUAUCCUGUUUUUGACCGAACCAAAGUCACAGCGGAGGCCGAGCAGUAUUUCAUGGCUGCAGCGAAACCAGGUUCCAUACCGUGCGCAAACGUCCCUGUCAAAUUAUAUAUGAUCAUCGUCAUCGGUUGCGCUGCCCUGUGCAGCGUGAGAAAGUUGCCGGAGGACAUGGCGGAGCGAGUAUUUGUGCCAUAUCAAGAAAUCAUGAACGACUGCCUGAUGCUGCCGAGUGUCGAAACCAUCGAAAACCUGCUCCUGCUUGCGUUGUACUCGAUCUAUGACCCUCUCGGCGUGUCACCGUGGACCUUGACGGGAGUCCUGGGUCGGCAGGCUAUCGCCAUAGGUCUCAAUCGCAAGUGUCGGAUCGUUGGCGAUGAAGGCGGUGGCGCCAGCGCCGCCGACGACAACAGUAAUGGCCCGGCCGUCAUGGCCACCACGGGGCUCGAGGCGGAGCACAGACACCGCUUGUUCUGGGCCAUCUACCAGUUCGACCGGAUGAUCGCGGCGGCGUUCGGCUUGCCGUUCGUCAUUGAUGACCAGAGCAUCAACGUGCCUCUCCCCGGAAUCACAGUGGAAGAGUUUGCGUCUUCGGAACGAAUUCACUAUACAAGAGUACUCCAGGUCUCACGGAAUUCCAUCGGCCUCCGCAACCUUGAAGGCCGGGUUUUCCAGCAGGUCCAUCUGGGCAAUUCUCCAACGACAUCUUCGACCAGUACCGGUCCCAGCAUCAGCAUCAGCACCAGCAGCCUCACAUAUAUCGACCGUCGCGCGAUACUGGAAGACUUUCGGUCCCGUAUAGACGACUGGUACGCCCAGCGCUGUCUUCUUUCCCGCUUGGAGAAGGACAAUGUCGAGUUUCUCAACACCAUCGGUUGGCUGAACCUCCGCUAUUACAGUCUUUUGGCCCUCCUGUAUUGUCCGUCCGACUUCAACUCGCAGCUCUCCUCGGGGCAGGUUUCCGACCUUCAUCGCACCAUCGAGCAGUACAUCUACUACUGCGCAGUGCUGUUUCAGCAGCAGCACUUUCCACUGACUUAUAUCACUCUAAACAGAUUGUUGUUGGUCCUGCUCAUCCUAUUGUUCUGCAUUGAUAGCAGCAGUCACCCGGGAGACGUCAAAGGCGGCAGAAUCGACGCCCACGUGGUCAUCUCUUUGUGCAUCCCCAUUCUCGAAGCAUUUCCAGACCGCUGGUCGUCAGCGAAACGAAUGCUCGUCCUUUUUCGUCGUCUCGACUGCGUCCCGCAGCUCGGACAGCCUCCUGAUCAUGGUUCUGCGACCAAUUCGACCAUGUUCGACGAAACACUUCCCCUUGCUUCUUCUGCCAUGGGUGCUGGAUCUUAUCAGCAAGCUGAGGCAAGCCGAAAAGGCUCAGUGGGCCAAGGUGUUACUUUCGAGGAUGGUCUGGAGCGUAUUAAGAAUGAUGCAUUCGCUCUUUCCCAGGAGAUUUUAGGUCCUUCCAGUGUGUACAACAACUUUUCCUGA